AUGACACUACCUAACAAAGAUGUAUGCUAUUUACUAAUGGCGCAGGUGAUUAAUAAUGCAUUAAUACGGCUCCGUCCGAAGAGUGAUCUGGUAGAGAUUCCUCUACUGCGAUUUUUAGCCGAUCUCAACAAUUUGGCACAUUCUUACAAAGACUUAUUCCAAUACUCGGAAUCGUAUGAGCUCUUUGACCUAGAGUUCCUCGAGGAUUCCAUCAAAAACAGCGGCUUCAACAAUUUCUCUUCUAUUAAAGAUGAUGUCAUACAGAUUGAAAUAGUUCCACAAAAGUUCCAGGCUCUUUUAACUGGAAUCAUCGUAGAUGCUUCUGUGAAUCGAAGUCGAACGCUAAUAGCUGAUAUUGAUCUGCUCCGCACCCGAUACACUACUGCUUCUUCUGAGCCGUUCAAAAGCGAGGAGCCUCUACCUCAAGAAUCUGACCGGACUGCCCUUCUUGUAAAUACUGAUACUCCUGUUGCAGAAGACACACCAGCAGCUACGCCACUCAACAGCAGCGCACAGGUACAACUACUGGAGGAUGUUGAAAUGGUAGACGCCGUCGAUCUGAUUCCGGGUCCGUUAGACUUGGAGCCGAUAUCAUCUAAAGACGAAACAAAGACAAUAGAAGAGACAGCGAAUAAUGAACUAAACAUCUCUGCUAACUCGGAGCUGUCUGCAACAAGCCUUGUUACAGAUUUGGAAUUGUCUACUGUACCAGCGAAUACAUCCCUCAAUGAUGCAACGGCCCAAAUCACGAUUGCCGAAUUCGGUGACUUAGAAAACAUCAAAUCAGAGGAUCCUUCGGAUGAGAUAACGCUCAUUCAGAGUUCAUCUCUGUCUCCAUCAGAAUCAAAGCUCAAUCUUGACCCAUCCGAAACCUCGCUCACAAACGUCGACAAAGAAGAGCCAGAACUCAAAGAAGAAGACCUUCUUAGAACAACGCCUAUAAAUGAGAUUCAAGACAAGGUCGAACUCACAAAUGAAAAAGAAUUGGAGAAUUCUGAUCAAGAUGAUGGUGAUGACAUGUCCAAGAGAACUAGAACAAAAACGCACUUAGCAAACAAGAGGUCUGCUUCUCCUCUGGGAAACCUCUCACCGCAUAAACAUAAAAGAUUCCAAAACAUUGCUGUUAAUUUGAUUCGAAGUAUCGAAGGACACAGGUUCUCAUCGCCAUUUUUAUUACCUGUCUCUGCGCCAAACUAUGGUAAUACUGUGUUUGAGCCAACUGAUCUUAAAACAAUCAUGAAGGCGCUCAAACUGAAGCAAGAACCACCUAAGUAUGAAACACUCAAGGAACUCGAGCGCGACAUUAUGCUCAUGUUCGCCAACUGUGUCAUGUUUAAUAAGUCUUCCACGCCAAUUGUGGAUAUGGCAAAGGAAAUGAAACAGGAUGUUUCGAGGACGUUUAAGAUGUUUGAAGAGGCAGAGUCUAAUAUAAAUUAA